CUUCCGUUGGCUAAAAACAAAAUGGCUGCCUUCCGCUGCAGAGCAUAUUUUACCCGCUUCGUAGCAUUUUAAUUAAUAUGCUGUCGUGUGUUUACCCGAUAUAGCUUAAUUUGUUUCGGGAUAAGUAGCAAACAUGUUUAAAAAAGCAAAGAGAUCUAAUUUAAGACGGAGAAAUGAGUCGGACGAGGACGAGAAAGAAGAAAGUCAGCCGCCAUGCGGGCCUUUCGCCGAGGAUAUCCCGGUGCUCGAUGCCGCCAACGCAGACACCUUGUCCGGGGUUAACGUGGACCUGCACCACGGCAACGGGUUUCAGUCAAAGGCCGUGAAGAAGGAAAAGAAAACUCGGGAUGUAGGGGGACCCCCGAAAGCCAGUUUGCUGAGCUUUGACGACGACGAAGACGAGGCCGAGGUGUUCAGAGUAAAGAAAUCCAACCACAGCAAGAAGAUCGUGAAGCAACUGAAGAAAGAAUACAAGGAGGAUCUGGAGAAGGUGUGCUAUGUUAAACAAGAGCCCAACACCGACGUGUGGCCCCAGCCCCUGGCCUCCAUUAAAGAGGAGCCUGCCAGCAGGGCAGGCAGUGAGCAAGGAGAGGAGGAGAUGGAAGUGGACAGUACUGAUGAACAGGAGCCUAAAACACAAAGCCAGAGCCUCGCCUCCAAGACUCCCACGACAACUGCAGCCGGAGCCUUCUCAAACACCAGCACCUUGUCCACGCUCAGCACCCUGCGUCCAGGUGAGAUCCCGGACGCUGCCUUCAUCCACGCGGCAAGGAAGCGUCGUCAGAUGGCGAGGGAGCUAGGCGGCGACGCCCCCCUGGUGGAGACGGACACGCCCAAGAAGCGUCUGGUCCGAGAGGAGGAAGAGGAGGGAGACGGGAGUGACGACGAAGACGAAGACGAGAAGAGGAUCAGCUUCAGUGGAGUCAAGAACAAGAGCCAGAGGACCAGGAUAGCAGAGGAGAUCGGUAUAGAGGGUAGUGAUGACGAGGCGUUGGAUACUGGAGGUCAGGAUGAGGAGGUGUCACGCUGGGAACAGGAGCAGAUACGCAAAGGGAUCAGUAUCCCCCAGGUCCAGGCCUGCCAGCCAGACGACAACGGUAGCGUGUACUACCACAGCAGCAGCUACGACCCCCAGCAGCCCUACAGCUCUACCUACAGCCUGCCCUACUCCUACAGCAGCAAGCCUGAGGGUUGCACACUGGUCUACAGUGCCCCUGGCGGUGACCUCUCACCUGUCACUACUGACCUGGUCAAGACACGCCUCAGAGACAGGCUGAGCCAGAUGCGUGUAGGGCAUGAUGCUAAUGCUAAGCGCUACGAUCAGAUCCAGGAAGAACUCGAGGCAGCUCAGAACACCAUUCGCCGGCUCGAGGGUUCAUCCAAUGACGACGCAGAACAGUAUAAAUUCUUGCAAGAGAUGCGAGGGUAUGUUCGAGACUUGCUUGAGUGUUUCGGUGAAAAGGUUCCCACCGUGGCGGAGCUGGAGGGCAACAUGCACCAGUUACUAAGGCAACGGGCCUGUCGGCUGGUCCAGCGGCGCCAGGAUGAUAUUAAAGAUGAAUCGGCGGAGUUUGCCAGCCUUUCAAGUAAGGCCGUGAUGGCUCCUAACCUCAUGUCUGUUGACUCGUUUGGGAGAGACAGGACAGUCUAUCAGGAGCACGCCAGACAGAGAAGGAUCGCUGAACGGGAAGCCAGACGAACGCGGCGGCGGCAGGCGCGGGAGCAGAACGGGAAAAGGGCAGAGCAUCUAGAGGGGCUGUCCUCCGACGAUGAGGAGACAUCGACUGACCUCACAUCGUACUGUCUGGAGAGAGAUCGUAUAGUGCGUGAGAGUAAGAAGGUUUUUGAAGAUGUGCUGGAGGACUUCCAUUCUCUGGACAGUAUCAAGAGUCGUUUUGAGGUGUGGAGACAUCUCUACUUCACCUGCUACAGAGACGCUUACAUAGGACUGUGUCUGCCCAAAUUAUUCAACCCCCUAGUACGACUACAGCUCAUCACAUGGAGCCCUCUACAGGAGAAGUGUGCUAACUUCGAGUACAUGUUGUGGUUUGAGUCGUUGUUGUUCUAUGGCUGUGAGGAGCAGAGUGGAAUGAAGAAAGGAGACGUGGACAUCAACCUACUGCCGGCUAUAGUGGAGAGGGUUAUACUGCCAAAACUAGCAGUGCUCGCUGAGCAGGUGUGGGAUCCUCUGUCCUGUAGUCAGACAACCAGACUGGUGAGCUUCGUGACCAGACUACUCAGAGGAUACCCUACUGUUCUGAAUGGAGACAACAGGAACACACAGUUGCUAGGUAACAUCCUCCAGUGGAGUGGUGUAUUGUCUGGUUCCACGGUGAGGGAGUUGGCUCUGGACUCCACCCUGAACAGAUACAUCCUGUCGGCCCUACAGAACGCUGAGGCUGGGGAAGACAGCGUACUGAAGAGUCAGAGGGUGGUGGAGUGUUUCCCAGCCCAGUGGUUUGUAGGGUUGAAAGGUCAGCAGACCCUGCCUCAGCUGGAGCCCUUCUGUCGUUACCUCACCCACCUGGCCUCUGCUCUGCUGAGAGGUUCUCUGGGGGGGUCCGACAUCGACAAGAGGAACGCCAAGGAGCAGAUCAAGGAAGUGGUGAAGCUCUUAGCUCGGCUCAACGCUCUGGAUCACCUCAUCACCGUGGCAACGGAACACGGCAUCAAGGACAUCACACCUCUACUGGACUCCAAGUGACAUCACUGCACCGCUGUGUGUGUGUGAGGACAUCUGAACCCUGUUGUUGGGUCAAACUGCAAGGUUUAUCAUAAUGGACUUUAGUGUGUGUCUGAGAGUGAGAGCUGGAGGUGUGUGUGUGUGUGUGUAUAUAUUGUGAAUAUUGUACAUGUGUGAAAAUGUGUCGGGAGGACUAGGAGACUAAGAGCAGGUCUGUUAGAUCAUCACACACUUCCUCAUCUGGAAGUGCUCUACAGAGGAAUUCUGGGAGAUGUAGUUUCUCUCUACAGUCCCCAGAUGGGAGUAUUGCUACUUUCUACACCAGAACUAAUUUAACCAUAAAUUACCACCUUCCCUUGUCACCUGAACUGAAAACUUCUAACAUGGUGUUUUGUCUCAUAGCAUGACCCCUCCCCUCUCACUCUCUCCCUUCUUCCUCAUGACGAUCGGAUUAAUCCGCACGAAGAAGACGACUUUAUUGUCCGAUGUAGACGAAUGUCCAACCGACACUUGUCUUUUUUAUUUAAACUGUCAGCUGUCCUCUCGCCUGUUCUUCUCGUGUUUUACCCAUUGUGCCAUGAUUUCUCUGCUUCACUGAUCCCAGAUCAGCUUAUUGGUUGUCGCCCUAAUUUGAAAGGGUUGAAUGUAAACUGAUCCUAGAUCAGUAUCUAGAGUCAACUUCAUUCUGUUGACUGGUGUCACACGAGCUGUUCUCCACCACGACCCUCUGAUUGGAUGAGGAUGGGGGAGUAAGGGUUUCUAUUUUCAUUUGGCUGAUUUUUGUGUACACUGUUUUUUGUUUUGAAUAAAAAAUACCUUUGGAAUAAGA